CAGGCGUCAUUAAUAACAUUUUUACCGGCACUUUCAUUUUUCAUUGUUCUUCCUUACUUGUUAAUACUAUUCCUGUUAAAUACGAACACAAAAUGGAUAAUAACGAUGCAGUUGAACUAGAUGACAAUGAAACAUCAGGACUGGAGGACGAAAAAGUAGUUACAAUGAUGGAUGUGUUAAAAGAGCAAGAAGACUUUGAAGAAGAUGCAAAUGCUGUACUCGGAGCUUCUGACGAUAAAAAUUGCACUUUCUUUAUGGGUUACAUCAAAAGACAAGCUAUAUAUGCUUGUAUGACUUGUAAUCCUGAUGCCAAAGAUGAUCCUUCUAAGAGAGCAGGUGUUUGCUUGGCUUGUAGCCUUAAAUGUCAUGAGGAUCAUGAACUUGUUGAGCUUUAUACUAAACGUAACUUCCGAUGUGAUUGUGGAAACCCUAAGUUUAAGUCACAUCCUUGUCAAUUCACUCCAAAUAAGCAAGAUUUAAAUGAGGAAAACAGUUACAACCAAAAUUUCUCUGGACUGUACUGUAUUUGUCAAAGACCUUAUCCAGACCCAGAUGUAACAGAAGAAGAUGAAAUGAUACAGUGCAUUAUUUGUGAGGACUGGCUUCAUUCUGCACAUCUUGAUGCCUCUGUCCCUGAUAAUGAUCAAUAUUCAGAAAUGGUCUGUAAACAAUGCAUGGAAAAAAAUAGUUUCCUUCAUAACUAUGGAGACCUUAUUGUAAACUCUGAAGAAGAUGCUAUUGACAUAAGCAUGAAUGGAUUACCUAAUAGUGGUGCAAAUGAAAGUAUUACUAUGGAUACUACAAAUAAUUUGUCAAUAAAAAAUAUUGAAAAUAUACAAGAAAGCAUCACUCCACAUAGCAAACAUACUUUUGUUGCGGAGGUAGAUGAUGACACUAAUAAAAAUGAUGUAUUAGAAUUAAAUACAAUAACUAAGGAAAAAGAUUUUGCAAAUAAUUCCAAUGAUUCAAUGAAGGCAUCCCAAAUCCAAACUAGUGUUGAUAAUAAUGAAGUGACUUCUGAAAUAAAUUGUAUAUCAUCAGAGCAUACUCCAAUUGUAGAGAAAGAGUCAGUUAUAUUAGUCAAUAAUUUACAAAAUGAAAAUAUUACAGAUUCUAGAGAAACUAACAACGAGGCUACUGAACUACCAGAUAUUACAGAACAAGAUAACUCUGUAGCUAAUAGUACAGCAAAUAAUGAAAAUGAAGCAAUUCUAAAUUCAAAAUUAAAUAUAAAUGAGUCAACAGCAAUUUUAAGAACUGACAAUAGUAUUGACCAUAGUAUACUACAAGAAAUGGAAAGUGAUUCUAUAAUUGGAAACCUUCAUAAAAAUGUAUCUGUUGAACAGAUUAAUGAAAAAGGAGAAUUACUAAUUGCUGAGACUAGUAUUUCAAAUAUAGACAAUGAAGGUGACAAACAAAUAAAAGCAGCAGAAACUAAAGAAUUAUCAAAGGUUGAAAUAAUAAAUUAUAAUGUAGAGGAAAAUGAAAAAGUAGCACCUACAAAAUUGCCUGAUGACUUGGAAGAAGACAGACUUCUUGAAGAUCCUGUAAAACCUUCAAUUGUUCCAGAAAACAAUGCUUCUCAGGUUAAUAGUACAACUGAUGAAACAAAAACAGAAAAUAUAACCACAGUUCCAGUGACAGAAAAUAAUGUAGAAACUUUACUAGAAAAAGAUACAGAACCACUUUUAGAAAAAUCUAGUAUUAAUGCUCACUCUGGUCAUAAGACAUCUAUAAUAGAUAAAAACACUGAAGAACUUCCAUUAGGUACGAUACAUAAAAAUGAACAAUUAUGUGAAAAAAUGGAUGUGACUAAUAUUGAAGAACCUGUGGAUGAAAGUCAGAAACCUGAAUGUAAACGUAAGCUCAGUAAGGUUGAAGAUCAGGUAGAUGAUUUAGAAUCCAAAAAACCAAAACUAGAUUCAAACCCUUGUGUUAAACCUCAAAAUGUGAAACAAAGAUACCGAGGUGCUACAUUUUGGCCAGUACACUUUAGGCAGAAACUUUGUAUUUGCAAUGAAUGUCUGUCUAUGUAUAAAGAUUUAUCAGUAUUAUUCCUAAUAGAUCCUGAAGACACUGUAAGUGCAUAUGAGCACUUAGGAAAGGAGAAAAGAAAUGGAAAACCAGCAUCUGAAUAUGAAAAAGGGCUUGCAGCUCUAUCUUCGUUAGACAGAGUCCAACAAAUUAAUGCAAUGGCCGAAUACAAUAAGAUGAGAGAUAAAUUAUUAGAUUUUCUAAAGGGUUUUACAGACCGUAAAGAGGUAGUUAAAGAAGAAGAUAUUAGGGCUUUCUUUGCUGGAAUGAAACCAAAACGGGAACCUGAUGGAGUUUACUUCUGCAGAUAAGAUUCUCCUCCUUAUUUCCACACUACUUUUUAAUUUUUAUUUUAGCAGUAAGACUUAACUUUAGUUCCAAUGAUAUUUGUCAAAAAUUUCAAAUAUAAACAGUUUAGUUAUUA